UCUACCGUCUCUAGCGAAAAUUUCAUGCGCCAAAAACGUAAACUAAAGGAGUUUUAUUGGAAUUACUGCGAUUUCAAGGACACCAAACUGCCCAAUGUGCAGCACCAGGCGCAACUGAGACCGGGGACACCAAAUUCCAGAACUGCGGCGGUGCAUCCUGCGCGGCGGCGGCUUGGAAAGGAAAACGCAACUUCCACCUUGUGGGUGGUGGUACAGCAACGAAGGAAGAAGAAGAGCAGCAACGCUGCGGUCCAAUUUCAUAAACAAAAGGAUAUAAAGCGCAUUAAAAUAGGAUUUCAUCGGCCACUGGACAGGAUGACCACCUGGAGAAAGUGAGAGUCAGCUUUGCACUUGAGCCAGCUACACAGGAAUCCCGAGAUUAAGAUGCAGCAAAUGGACGACCCGCCAUCGCUGCCCGUGGGCACGGAGGUGAGCGCCAAGUACAAGGGCGCCUUCUGCGAGGCGAAGGUCAGCAAGGUGGUGCGCAACAUCAAGGUGAAGGUGGCCUACAAGCAAGGACUGGGCUCUGGCAUCGUCUCCGAUGACGCCAUCAAGGCGCCGACGGGCCAACUGCGCGUGGGUGCCGUCGUGGAGGUGCGCCAUCCGGAUCGCAAGGAGAUCGUGGAGGCCACCAUUACCAAGAUUCAGGACUGCUCCCAGUACACGGUGGUCUUCGACGACGGGGACAUCACCACACUAAGGCGCACGGCCCUGUGCCUGAAGAGCGGUCGCCAUUUCAACGAGAGCGAGACGCUGGACCAGCUGCCACUCACCCAUCCGGAGCACUUUGGUAAUCCUGUGGUGGGCGGACGCAGGGGACGGCGACGAGGUCACCUCAACGAGGACAGCUCCGACGACGACGACGAGAGCGAUGCCAAGGAGGUGGUCAACGAGAAGGAGGAGAACAUCGGCAAGGUGGUCUGCGUGGAGACGGAGUCCAAGAAGAAGGACAAGGAGAAGUGGUUUCCCGCCCUCGUAGUGGCGCCCACGGCACAGGCCACCGUGCGCAUUCGUGUGAAGGACGAGUACUUGGUGCGUUCGUUCAAGGACGGCCGCUACUAUACGGUGCCCAAAAAGGAGGCCACCGAGUUCACCCGCGAAGUGGCCAGCAAACAAGAUGUGCCUGCUGUGCAGGCGGCCCUCGAGUUCCUGGACAGCAGCAUCCUGCCGGCCCACUGGGACAGGGAUUCGCUCUUCGGCCUGUCGAACAUCUCCAGCGACGACGAGGGCGAGAUUGACUCGGACUCCUCCGACGACGAGCCGCACGAGGAGAAGGAUCGCUUUGUGGCGCAGCUGUACAAGUACAUGGACGACCGUGGCACGCCGCUGAACAAGGUGCCCUCCAUCCAGAGCCGGGACGUCGAUCUCUACCGGCUCUUUCGAGCGGUGCAAAAGCGUGGCGGUUACAAUCGCGUCACCUCGCAGAACCAGUGGAAACUGAUUGCCAUGCGCCUGGGCUUCACGCCCUGCACGGUGAGCGUGAUGAAUCUGGUGAAGCAGGCAUACAAGAAGUUCUUGCAGCCGUACGGCGACUUCCACCGCAAACUGGGCUGCUCCAUGCUGAUGACCUCGCGCAACUCCAAUCGCAGCAAGGGCCGCAGCCUGGUGCGCGCCAACUCGGUGGCCUCGCCCAAGCCCAUGGAGACCACGAAGACGGAGAGCAUCAGCAAACUGGCCCAGCCCAAUCAGACCAAUGCGACGGCGGUGGCUUCAACUUCGACCUCUGCCGCAGCAGCAGCAGCAGCGGCUGCAGCGACAACUACUCCGGCCAGAGCGGUGUCCAACGCCUCACAGUCCGCUGCCGAGGAGUCGGGCAACACCAGCGAGUCCAGCGUGGUGGUGGAGCCACCCAAGAAGCAGCGCAAGGGCUCCGCGGCCAGCGGUCAGCAGCAGGGCAAGGUCAAGAGUCUGGUGGAGAAGUACGAGGAGAAGAGCUCCACAACAGCGCAGAGCUCUGCGGCAGCAUCAGCAGCUACUGGAGGAUCGGCGGCAGCCAGUGCAUCAACAUCUGCAGGCGCAACAGCAACCAAUGCAGUGGCCACACACUCCACGUCGGCCAGCUCGUCGUCAGCAACGUCUGGAGGUUCUGCUGCUGCUGCUGCUGCUGCUGCUGCCCUGGCAACUGCUGCAAGCAACAAGGAUGCCGAAUCGGAUCUACCUUUGGCCAAGAUCAAGGCAGCGGCUGCGGCGGCCGCUUCCACCAGGCAGCACAGCAUGGAGAAGGAGAGCAACGUCAGUUCCGGCAGCAGUGCCUCCGCCUCCGCCUCCAGCAAGGCCAACUCCACGGAGAUGCAGCGCAGUCGCGAUGCCUCGCCCUCGGUUGCGGUACCGCCUCCAAGCGCCGCCAGCACAUCCUCUCCAGCGGUCGCCACCCAACCGGUGUCCACCAAGAAGGAGAAGCACCAACGCAGCAAGCAGGCGGACAAGGAUAAGGACAAGGAUAAGGACAAGGAUAAAGAUAAGGAUAAGGACAAAGAUAAGGAGAAGGACAAGGAUAAGGAUAAGGAGAAGGACAAGGAUAAGGAGAAGGAGGAGAAGCAAGCGGGCAGCGGGAAGCGCAAGAAGGAGAAGAUUAGCGUGGAGAAGAUCGACACGGGUGACUUUGUGGUGGGGAUCGGGGACAAACUGAAGGUGAACUACCACGAGAAGAAGUCGCCCAGCUCGCAUGGCAGCACGUACGAGGCCAAGGUCAUCGAGAUCAGUGUGCAGCGGGGCGUGCCCAUGUACCUGGUGCACUACACGGGCUGGAACAACCGCUACGAUGAGUGGGUGCCGCGCGAGCGCAUUGCCGAGAACCUGACCAAGGGCUCCAAGCAGAAGACGCGCACCAUAAGCACCAGCAGUGCGAACAGUGGCAGUGGCGGCGGCGGCGGAGGCGGUGGCGGUGGUGGUGGCUCCCUUUCGGGACAGGGCUCACUGCCGCCAGGAGUGGCCCAAGGUGGCUCCAAAAUACCACCGCCCUCGGCAGGUAAUAACUCUGGAACCGGAGAACCCUCGCGAGGAUCGCUGGGUGGCGCCAGCUCCACGCCCUCGCUGCUGUCCAGUGUGGUGAAGACGCCCUCGACGGGAGCCGGCGCAGUAGGAGCAGGAGGAGGGGCCAAGCGGGGACGCGGACGCAGCGACUCCAUGCCGCCACGCUCCACCACACCCUCGUCGUCGUCAUCGGUGGUGGUGGUGCCGACGACGGCGGCGGCGACCCACUCCGGUCGCACCAAAUCCCCAGCUGCCUCGCAGUCGCAACUCCAGCAGCAGCAACAGAUGAAGAAGCGCCCCACGCGCAUUGCUCCGGGAGCCACCACGCCGCGUCGCGUGUCCGAUGCCUCGAUGGCCUCCGCAUCGGACUCGGACUCCGAUGAGCCAGUGCGUCGGCCCAAGCGUCAGAGCAGUGCCAAGGAGAAGGCGCCGACGGGCAAGGCGCAGCCGGGUAAGGGACGCGUCUCAAGCCGGGCCUCCUCCACGGCCCCGGCCAUGCCCCAUGCCCAUGCCAGCGAUGAGUCCGAGGAGGAGGAGGACGACGAUGAGCUAGCUGCUCCGGCCAAGCCACAGCAGGCCUCCUCGGUGCGCGGCUCCCGCGCCGGUGGCAAUCGCGCCAUGAGCAGUGGUGCCGCCUCCGCCAAGGGACGCGACUACGAUCUCAGCGAGAUUCGCUCGGAGCUGAAGGGAUUCCAGCCGAAGUUGCUCACCCCAACGAAUGCUGGCGAGGAGCGCAAGGAGUCGGCGGCCAAGAAGGAGUCGUCGACCGUCGAGCUGCCGGACAUCAAGAAGGAGCCCAAGCUAGAGUCCUCGGCCAAGAGCAGCUCCACGGAGCUGUCCUCGGAAACGGAGUCGUACGUGGACGAGGACUCGCAGUCCUCCGACUACCGCAAGCAGCCAAAAGCGUUAGCAGGCGCUGGCGGCAAGAAGGAGCACACACAGUCCAAGCUGCAGCACGAACCAGUGUCCAAGAGGGAGCUCUCGCUCAAAGAGGAGCCACUGAAGGUCGAGCCCAAGGCAGAGCCCAAGGAGGAGGAGUGCUCCAAGAGCAGCAAGCCCUUCCUGUCGGGGGCGGACAUCAAACCCACCGCCGCCGCUCUGAUAGCUCCGGCUAGAUUUGGCAGCACCUCAGCCAGCUCAUCAGCAGGUGGCUCAUCAGCAGGUGGCUCUUCCACGGCCAAGUACACGUCGGUGAUUGUGGAGAAGCCCCUGACCAUUGGCGGCAAGAAGUCGACAGCGUCUGUGGCGGACCAGCAUGUGCCCAAAAAGGGGGAGCUAAUCAAGAAGCAAGCUGGCGGAGUAGGAGCAGCAACAGCUGGCUCUGCGUCGGAGUCCAAGAAGUUUGCCGAGCCGGUGGCCAGCCUGAAGGUGGAGCUGCCGGCAGCCUGCUCGCCCUCGUCCUCCUCCUCGUCCUCCAGUUCCUUCUGCUCCAGUGCAUCGGCGGCCAGUUCCAGUUCGGCCACCCGAUCGCUGCCCGACAUGAGUAAGCUGGAGAUCAGCAGUGGCACUGUGACAGCUCCACAGACGCCCUCCCAGCCAGCCGGCAAUGCCACGCCCAUGAGCCUGGCCAAGGAGUCCAAGUACAGCAGCAGCAGCAGCAGCAGUGGCGGAGGUGGAGCAGGAGGAACACCGUCGAGCUCAGGAUUGAGCAUGCGCAAACUGCUCUCCUCGGAUGUCUACGAGUUCAAGGACACGGAGCCCUUCGAGUUCGAGAAACGCAUCUCGCCAAUGGCCUCGACUGUGACCGGAGCACCAGUGAGUGCAGCAGCAGGAGCAACUGCCUCCGUAAUCACCACAGCAGUGAUGGGCACACCGGGUGGCACAGCGGCAUCCCCUCCGACGGCAGCUGCUGCGGCAACGGUGGUCAGCUCGGCGGCCAGGAAGCUGGCCCUCAAGGCCAGUGCCAUGCAGCAGAGUCUGGAGCAGCACCAGCUGCCUCCGGCUGGGCAUGAUCGUGGCUACGGUGGUGCCAUGGGCACCAUGAGCAUGGCCACCUCGCUUGCAGCGUCCAAGCCGAAGAAGCGGGGAUCUCCCUUGAAGGAGCCAGCCUUGGGCCUGGACAAGCCCAAGAUCUACAAGCUGGACAAGGAGCAAGUGCAGCAGCAGCAGCAGCAGCAGUCGUCGGUGGUGGUGGCGGUGGAGCAGAAGGUUCAGCCACUUACGCCGCCCACUUUGAAGGUGCUACAGCCGGCCGGACAAGUGACUCCCUCGUCCUCAGCCAAUCCAGUGAAGAUGCACACGUCGACGACGACGACGAUGACGACGCCACCAGGAGGAGCUGUAACUCUAGCCGCGGGCGGAUCCACCCCGACCACAGUCAGUGGACACUCCACUCCUGGCCAACUGGCUCCGCAUCAUGCCACGCCCUUCGAUGCGCUGCGCAAGUCGCCCAGUUUCAAUCUCAACAUCACCGCCCUGAACGAGGAGCUGGCCCAGACGGUGCAGGAAACCACACGGGCGCUGACGGAUGCACUGCAGCCGCCCACAACGCCUGGGCCAGCGGCACCAUCGAUUGCCGCUCCCGCCACACCAGUGAUUGCCCCGCCAGGUCCCAACUGUCCCAGUACCCCACCCAAUCCCGUCGUGCUGGCCUCACCCAAACUGAGCACUCCACCCAGCCAUGGCAGCCAUGGCAAUCCCAAUCCCGGCAAGCAGAAGCCGCCGCCUGCCCCCCACAUUGUGGGCAGCCCCUUCAUCGAGACGCGCAACGUGUUCGAGCUGAGCACCUCCAACGAGGGCAGUGGCUACAGCUCCGGUGAGUCCAAGGACAACAAGCUGGAGAAACUGGAGAACGUGAAGAUCCUGCUGGCCGGGGCGGCGGGUCCCUUCGACCUGGACGCCGGCAGCUACGAGCAGAAGACCAGCUCCAUAGCAGACAAGGUGCUGAAGGCCAUCAGCCAGAAGAAGGAGGAGGUGGAGCAGAGCAAGGGCAAGCCACCACCACCGCCGCCAGCGGAAGUGGCCCUUGAGGAGCAGCCUGUGACCACCAGCACGCCGCCAGUGAAGCUGGAUCUAAGCAGCAGUGCCAUCAAGCUGGACACCCUGAAGCUACUCACUGAGCCACUCAAGAUCCAGACGGGUCCGCCGCUGCUGGGUGAGCUGUAUAGACCCGGUCCGGCCACCAGCAGUCCGGAGACCAAGUCCAUACUGGACUCCUCGCUGCCGGCCAAGAACAGCGAGCUGAGCGAGACCAUCCAGAAGCUGGAGUGCGCCAUCCAGCAGCGCAAGACGCCGGUGGGCGGAGCCCUCUCGCUGGCCAGCUCCACGGCGGGCACUCCGCCGGCCGCCCAUACGCCCAACUCGACGGCCACCGCCGGCGGUGCUGGCUUCUCGGACGAGUCCAUGGACAGCACCGACUCCGAGCAGCGGCUGGUCAUCGAGGAUGUGAUUGCCGAGGAGCACACCACCACCACGACGACGGGGGAGCAGAAGAGUCCGGGUUCCGGCCAGGAGGAGGCUCCGAUCGGAAGCGGAGCCAUCACCUCCAGCCUAAUCAGCCAGGUGGUCAUGGCCGAUGCGGAGGGCACAACCACCACCACCACUAGCAGUGGCACGCCCACGCCUCCGGUCUCCGCCCCCGUUAAAUUGGAACCGGUUGGAAGGGUGGCCAAUGCGUUGCCCGGCAUCCAAGCACCCAUUCCGUUGAAGCCCUCGGAGGGCAGCUCCUUUGCUGGGAAACUCACGGUGGUGAAUCAGCCGACACCACCGCCGCCGCUGGCCAAGCUGCAGCAGCCGGAGGAGCUGGUGGCUCCCACGUCGAAGGCGGGCAUUAGCUCCUUUGGCAUACCCAUUGUGCUGCCCGAGAUUCCCGCCUCCGUGGUGGUGGCCACACCGGCCCUCUUGGUGGCCUCCUCCUCGGUGAUGCGUCAAUGUCCCGGCUCCACCACGCCCAGCUCCCCGGCGCCCGUCCUGAUCUCGCCCAAGGCGGCCUUCCUGGCCGCACCCAAAGUGGCUGCCGCCGAAGUGGGCGGUCUGCUGCUAAAGGCCUACACCGGAACACCGCCCACUGUCAUCUCGAACUUCAACCAACAGCAGCAACAGCAGCAGCAGCCGACGACGGCGACGACAACGACGACGACGUCGUCGACUAGUGUGCUCCAAGUGGCCGCCGAGAUGCCCGCCAGCUAUAUAAUAGAUGCCGAGAUCGACGAAGCCCCCAGCAGCAGCAGCAGCAGUGCGCCCAUGGUGGCGCGACCCUUUGUGAUGCACGCCGUGGCCAAGGAGCUGUACAAUGUGGUGGCCCCAGCGGCCAGUUCACCACUGAUCAGCGAUCCGCACAACGAGUCCAUCAAUCUGCUGUGCGAGGAGACCAUACCGGGCAGUCCGGCGCCCAACUACUGUGGCUCCGACCAGCUGCCGCCAGGCACAGCUCUGGCCAUCAUGGGCAUAACACCUCUGCCCCCAGACACACCGCCGCCCGGCGCCAUUGCCACCAUCCAGCAGCAGCAUCAGCAGCAGUCGGGAGCGGGAUCGGGAGCAGUGGCCAAACCGGGUGAGGUGAACCCCUUGGCGGCCAACAGUUCGCCGGAUUCGGCCAGCCAAGAUGAGAGUGGCGGCGAGGAGCACCAGAAGAAGAGUGCCGAGCACGAGCAUGAGCAUGAGCACGAGCACGAGGAUUCGAGUGGACUGGGAGCGCUGAACAAGCGCAAGCGCACCCGGAAACCGCUGCCGAUGAGCGCCCAGGCGGCGGCAGCCGUGACCGCCCAGCUCCAGUCGCUGGGCAAGCGAAGGCGCCAGGUGUCCGGGAUGCGCGGCCAGAAGACCACGGCCACCACAGCUGGCUCCGAUACGGACGAGAACUCGGAUAACCUAGCGCCGUCGGCGGGACAACAACAGCAGCAGCAGCAGCAACAACAGCAGCAGCAGCAGCGACAGAGUGCCCGCCAGCAACUGUUGCCGCAGGGCAACAACCAGCAACAGCAGCAGCAGCAACAGCAACUCCUGCAGCAGGCGGCGCAGCUGCAGCAGGGCAUCCCAUCGGGCAACCAGUCGGGAGUGCGUCCAUGUCCCUACAACUUCCUCGUGGAGCUGGAUCCUGCGCUCAGCUCGGACGAGUGCAUCACGAUCCUGCGCAAACAGAUCCAGGAUCUGCGCAAGGCCUUCAACACCAUUAAGGGCGAACUGGCGGUCAUCGACCGCCGGCGCAAGAAGCUGCGUCGCCGGGAGCGCGAGAAGAAGCAGCAGCAGCUGCAGAGCCAGCAGCAGGGCAAGAUCUGUGCCUAGCUCGGAGAGAAUCCACGAGGGGAUCCACGAGGGGAUCCGCCGCCUCCAUCGAACAGCGACCACAGCAAUUGCAAACGACUUCAAGACCCCUAGAAAAAGCGAAUGAAGAUCGCUGAAAAUGAAUUGUAAUGAGCAGAAAAAUUGGAAAUCGUUGGAGUUUUUUUUUUCCAUUACUAGUUUGUAGUUCGAGUUCUUUAGGUUUAAGCAACAACACCCCGUCUGUAUAAAUACAUUUCAUAAGAUGUAUGAAUUCUUAAGUGA